UCGAGAUCGAUUAACCUGUCAAAAAAAAUCGAGAUCGAUCCUCCCCACAUCAAAAAAAUAAAAAUAAAAUCGAGAUCGAUCCCCUCCGCUCCGAUCUUGGUCGAGCGGCGGCGCUGGUGGCGAUGGAGAGCCAAGCCAGCAUCUCUCCCUGGGUCAACUCCACUUUACGGGCAAGCCAGCAGCGGCAACACGCGAGGAGCAGCCGCCGCCGAUCCCCUUCUCUGCUCGCGAUUAAGUUGACACCCUUGCCGAAAAUCCAGUCAGAAGUCAGUGGCCUUGUUGUCCUGUUCAACUUAAGUUUGCACGAUGCGUAUUUGAUUUCUUGGCUGAUUGUUGUGAGCAUGAGUUAUAUAUACAGGUCAGACAGGGUGUUCCUCUAUCAUAUUCUAGGAGAAGUGAUAAAAGCCGGAGCAACAAGCCUCAGCAUCCCAGUUGGCCAGCACACCCCUCUUCAUGAAUUCCAGGAAUUAAUUGCUGACAUAAAAGAAAACACUCCUGGGAUCGAAAAUGCAAUCAUAUCUACUCCUUGCCAUGACGUUCUUGGUCUUGCAAGUGCCAACACACUAGUGGGUGUUUUUGCACGAGCAAAGCAGUUAGAGGUGACUGUCACUGUUAGUGGUGAAAGAGUCGGAAAUUCUUCCAUGGAGGAGGUUGUCAUGGAAAUUAAAUUUUCUCGAGAACUUUCAGGUGACCUAUAUACUGGAGUUAAUACCCAAGGAAGUACCAUGAAAAGCAAAAUGAUGCAAGAGCAGAGUGGACUUCACGCGCAGCUGCAUAAUGCUACUCUUGGCGCUAUUGCUCAUGAAAGGGAAAUUAAUCUGGAAUGCACUGAGAUGCUUAAAUUCGAAAGAACUUGUGAAAUAGCAUCAUAUGUUGAUAUCGGUCUCAGCAGAAGGCAUGUCGUCAGAACUAAAGUAGUGGAGCAUGGAUAUGGAAUCACAGAGAAAGAAUUUGCGGAUUUAUGUAAAAGCAGCUACAAAGUGGUUGCAGAGGAACAAAAGCCCGUCGCGCCGCUGGACUCGCGCAUGGACAUAACCACCCUGCUCUACAACACCGGGCAGGUGGUUGUCGUAGGCAGGUCCGUCAUGGACAUUGCGCAGCAUCCUGUGGUGCUCAACACUGUGCUACCGCUCAUGCGGCAGAUGGCGUGGCCAUGCCUGCGUGUCAUCGUCGUGUCUGGGUUUGGCGCCACGCUCGUUGCUGGCGUCAUGGCCAUGUAUGUUGGGGCGAUGGUGAUCCUUGAUGCAGGGUCCACGUACCGCUCCUCCACCCUGUAGGAACUACGAGAUCACCACAAGGACACUUUCGGCAUCCAGGUGUGAUGGAUCCACCAUAGACCCUGUUCAAUAAGUGGAACACGCCAGCUGUUUGCUCUCCGGUUAGCUAGGAAGUAAUAAGGGUCAGGGUGUUGUAAUAAGGAACACACUAGCUGUUUGCUCUCAGGCUGUUGUAUGCACAAUCACUAUAUGUGCUCUUGUAUUUGUGAAAACACUAGUAUAUUGUACUGUCGUAAUAAAUGUCCUGUAAAA